ACUUUCCACACCACAAUCGCGAUCAUGUCCUCCGAAAAGCGCCCCGGCUCGGAUGACUUCAGUGGCUCACAGAUGGUGGUAAAGCGACAGAAUGUGGGCAGAGAUAGCAAGGCUGUAGCUUUAUCCAAUGGCUCUGCAGGAAAUGGCGCUCUCAUACAAUCGGCACCAAGGACGAGUGGGCUACAGGCGCCGGUUAUGGAACUAAGUGGGCAUUCUGGAGAGGUGUUUUGCGCAAAGUUUGAUCCGAAUGGGAAUUAUAUUGCUUCGGGGUCGAUGGACAGGUCGAUUAUGCUCUGGAGAACAUUCGGUGGAUGCGAAAAUUAUGGGGUACUCCAGGGGCAUAAAGGAGCAGUCCUAGAUCUACACUGGUCGCGCGACUCGAGGGUCUUAUUCUCAGCAUCUGCGGACAUGCAUCUAGCGAGUUGGGAUUUGGAGACAGGAACAAGGAUACGAAGACAUGUCGGGCACGAGGAAGUGAUCAAUACGAUGGACAUCAGUAAACGAGGAGAGGAACUACUCAUCAGCGGCUCUGACGAUGGAUAUAUUGGCAUCUGGGAUCCUCGAACGAAGGCAGCGGUUGACUUCAUUGAAACAGAAUUUCCUGUCACAGCUGUCGCAUUGGCUGAGGCUGGUAAUGAACUGUACUCGGGAGGUAUUGACAACGAUAUUAAGGUGUGGGAUAUGAGGAGAAAGGCUGUGGUUUACUCUAUGUUGGGUCACACAGAUACUAUUUCCUCCCUUCGAAUCUCGCCCGAUUCCCAGUCACUAUUAUCGAACUCGAUGGACUCGACUGUACGAACAUGGGAUAUUAGACCAUUCGCACCCACAGAAAGACAUAUCAGAACAUUCGAUGGUGCUCCUGCUGGAAUGGAGAAGAACCUUAUUAAGGCGAGCUGGGAUUUUGACGGGAAAAGAAUCGCGACAGGCUCUGGAGACGGCACGGCUGUGAUCUGGGACACCAAUAGUGGUAAAUUGCUCUACAAGUUGCCGGGACACAAGGGAACUGUCAACUGUGCGGAGCUUUCACCAUCUUCAGAUCCUAUCAUACUUACGGGCUCAUCGGACCGCAAUCUUAUCCUGGGCGAGUUGAAGUGA